GGAAAACCCACGCAGGAACAAGGAGAACAUGCAAACUCCACACAGGCGGGGCCGGGAUUAUUUUCUUAUCUCUAUGCCAACAUUCUUGCAGUUGUAAAACCAAGGACAAGGGACAUGGACAUACAGUCUGUGUUGAAUAUCAACUCUAAACAAGCAGCUACCUGCAGGAGCGUCCGCCUACAACGAGGCUUUUGACAUCGGGCAGAGAGGACCAGCCGUUCCGACAGAGUCCAUCAGACCAGCGUGAAGAUCAAGCAUAGUCAGGAAAACUCAUUGCAGUUGCAGAUGGAACCGGAUAAUCAGAUCCAGAGUGAAGAGAGCAAUUCCACUAACUGUCCCUCCAUUGAUGACUUCCGCAAUCAGGUUUACUCCACUUCCUACUGCCUCAUCACGGUGUUGGGCCUGGCUGGAAACGGUUUCGCCUUGGUGGUGCUGCUCCGAACGUAUCGCCCGAGUUCUCCUUUCCAAGUGUACAUGCUGAAUCUGGUUGUAUCCGACCUGAUGUGUGUCAGCACUCUGCCAAUGCGGGUAGUCUAUUAUGUCAACAAGGGACAGUGGAACCAGGGCGAUUUCCUGUGUCGCAUCACCUCCUGUGCCCUCUACCUCAAUCUGUACUGCAGCAUUUACAUCAUGACGGCCAUGUCUGUGACACGUUUCACGGCCGUCGUCUUCCCUGUGCAAAACCGACAAUUGCUGACAGUGAAACAUGCCCGCCUGGUGUGUGUGGGCAUUUGGAUUUUUACCUGUCUAGCGUCAUCACCCUUCCUGUUGUUUGGCCAGAAAUUUGACCCUGUCUCCAAUAAAACAAAGUGCCUUGAACCUCCGAUUGGUCAAGAUGUGCCAAAAGUAGUCAUGCUGAAUAAUUUGGCUUUGGUCCUGGGUUUUAUCCUCCCCUUCUUCAUCAUACUGAUCUGCUACGCUGGUAUAAUCCGUACCCUACUGUACCGCACCCCAAGGACUAGACGUCAGCAAGACAUAGGCCCAAAAGCCAUUAGAAUGAUUGCAUUUGUCCUACUGACCUUCUUAGUUAGCUUCAUGCCGUACCACGUGCAGCGCUCCAUUCACAUACACUCCUUGUACCGGACUGACACAUCCUGUUCUGAAAAAGUGAUUAUGCAAAAGUCAGUCGUAGUGACGUUGUGUCUCGCAGCGGCAAAUUCAUGCUUUGAUCCUUUGCUUUACUUUUUUUCCGGGGAGGGUUUUCUCAAACGUCUUUCUUCCAUGCGCUUGUCACGAUCACCAAGCACCUAUAACCGUACCGGUAACGAGACUGGCGUCACCAGACAGCCCAAUGACACAUCAGUUGUACUUAACAGGAGCGCUGUCUAGUAAGAUGAAGGACACGUUGAAAAGAUUGAUUACUCACAAACACAUGAAUUUAGCAUUUGUCAACAAAUCUAAAACACUGGAAUUAGUAGACACCCUACGAAUUACUGUGGCUACUGUGUAUGUGAAAUGAUAUCCAUCCAUCCUGAACUACUUGUCUUCUUUGUCGGAAGUGAAUUUGGGUGGGAUCUGGGAUGCACCCAAAACCAUUUGCCGGUAAAUACAGGAUAAAUACAUUUUGGAAUAAGUAUCAUGUGUUAUAUUCUUGCCAUCAACUGGAUCAACAUUGUAUUCCCCACUAUAAAUUUUAAAGAAAACAAAUUGUUGAUUAAAGGUGGUUCACAGAACUAUAAUUAUAAUUAGAAGAAAUUGAAAAAGAAAAAAAUUGAAAAAGAAAUAAAUUUUUUAGAGGCUCAAAACCAUUGAUGCUGUGCUUGGCUUGGCACUAUGUCCCCCAAUGGACCUUUCCGAUGACAAUCUUAAGCUCUGCCCCCUUAGCAAUGUCCCACAAUCUUACAAAAUGGUGAUUGAACGGAACAGAUUUGAAGUGGAUUCUCUAUCGUGUAUUCCAGAUAAUAUUGGGGUAUGUUUUUUGCCAAAUGCGUCAGACUUUUCCAAGAGAGUUCUACAGAGAGGUCUCAACUAUUUCAUGCAAUGAUAUGUACACGGAAUUAAGAUUUUGGACGGAGUAGGACGCAAUGUCAGAGUUACAGCGAAAAAUUGGCAAUCGAUGCAAAAAAGUUUGACACCUCACAAACUUCAUAUUGAAAUCCAACACGAUAAAAUAGUGGAAUCAUACUGCGCAUGUAAAGGAAGGUGAGUACUUUUAACUUGGAAAGAUCACGAGUAAUAUCAUUAUAGUCUUUAUCAGUGGUUGGGUGUAUUCAUUUGACUUGGCUUAUAAUGGAACCCGGUGCUCUGUUUUAAAAGUCUGAUGUGAUACAAAUAGGCAAAUAGAUAUUUCUCUUACAUGACAUCACGCGUUUUCGUAUCACUAACCCGACUCUUUGGCAUAAAACAUGACACACUUCAUUCAGCAGGUCAGUGAUACACUAACAAAGUGAAAAUUGUUCUCCUGCAACGUGUAAAGCACUUAUAAUAAUGAAAUCAAACUCAGAGAAGAUACUUCUCCCUCACUUACCUUCGAACAUACAGACUUGUGUUUGUUGAUAUUGUCCACAUUUAGUUGUACGUAUGCUCUUCCGCAAGCCUUAAUCAAUCGUAGACAACUGUGUUUUAGACUUGGAAAAUUAAUCACCAGGGCCCCUUGUAACCUAGCAGGAUAGCUUUCAUCAGAAUUGCACAUUCCCCAAGAGCAUCUGAGGACCACUUUCUCCAUAACAUCAACUUUUCUAAGCGCACGCUACUGACAACCAGCAUUGCUUGUGAGACAAUACGGGAGAGGGGCAUGUCAAGCCAGGAGUGUAGACAAUGUGGCUAUCUGAUUGGUUAUUAUUGUACGAGUGAUUCACAGGUUGGAAAGGUCCAUUGCACAACUUACCAGAUUUUUAAAAUAUAUACUGUAUAUAUAAUUUGUACACAUAUAUAAUUGACUGCUUGGGAUUUUGAUCAACUCGGACAAAACUUUGGGUGUCAGUGAUUUCUCUCCUGUACUCAUGUCAUGGAACUUACAAUAAGGCUCAUAAUUUAAAAUGCUAUAUAGAAGCAUUUUUACAGUCAAUGUAAUGUGAUUUUGUCUCUGUCAUGCAUCAUCCAUGAGGCCAGGAAAGCCAUGAGCAUGCUGACUACCCCAUGACUGCAAUUGUGGCGAGUUUGUGUGCCUUCCCAGGCUCUGGGUCACAUGUAUGAACCUAUAUUGCAAGGGUCACCAGCAUGUUGCGGGUGAUCACCAGGUACCCCAAAAGGACCACAUAAGCAGCACGUGGGCCUCUCCUGAAAAUAUCUCACCUGUGGUGGGAGAUUGUGAUUUUGU